AUGGCCCAAAUGGGUGAAUCCAAGAUGAAAGAGGUCUCCAGAGACAGCGUUUCUGCUGCGCUGACCGAAAUCACAGAGCCCUCUAAAUGUGGAUUCGCACAUGCGGAAAACGCUACGGAUAGAGAUGUUUUGGUUGUAACAACACAUUGGACGGCAAAGAAAGCCAUUGCAGCUGCCAGUCUGGCUGGCUUAUACACUGGAUCGCAGAUUAUGCUCUACUUUGUCGGCGGUGCAUUGACCUAUAUCGAGAAGGAUCUGAAUGCGACUGAAAAUGGGGCUUGGUUGCCAGUGAGCAACACAUUGGCGAUUGCUGGAGUGGCACCAUUCGUUGGUUACCUCCAAGAUCUAUUUGGACGCCGGACAAUUACCUUGAUUGGUGAGGUGGUGAUCAUGUGUGGGCUAGUAAUUCUCGCAACAUCACAUCAGUUCGGCCAGGCUGUGGCCGGUAUGUCCUUAUGCGGUGCGGGUGCGGCUGUUUGUGAGCUGACUGCUCUGGCCGGCCGAGGGUGGUCUCUAGCUCUCAUGGUCACCUUUCUCCUUCCUUUCACACCAUAUGUGCUCUACGCCCAGCUUUUGUCAUACUAUCACACAUGGAGAUGGAUAAUCUGGCUUUCAUUAAUCUAUAAUGGCCUCGUUCUCCUAGGUAUUUUGACCACAUAUUUCCCAAAGAGGCAGGAUGACCUAGGCGACGCACGGAAAGCCACAUUCCGAGAUAUUGACUACGUUGGUGCUAUCUUGUCUAUCGUUGGUAUUACUCUAUUCCUGGUAGCUAUACAGGCUGGCGGUAGCUCUCAUUCCUGGUCGAGCUCCUAUGUUCUGGUGCAACUGGUGCUCGGCAUUGUUUUAAUCAUUUCUUGGGGAGUUUGGGAGUGGAAGUUUGCACGUGUUCCAAUGAUCCCGCACGCAAUGUUCACUGGACAGCGAGCGGUUGGUCUGGCAUUUCUUGUGGCCUUUAUCGCGGGUCUCAACUUUUAUUCGGUGAUCAACUUCCUCCCGUUGACGUUUUCAACGGUUUACUCUCCAGAUCCACUGCAAAUUGGGCUGCGAGGCUUGGGGUAUGGAAUAUCGAUAACGGCGGGAGCUAUUGUGUUUAACAUGUUGCUGUCGGUGACAUGGCUACCAUGUAGGUGGAUUAUAACCUCAGCAGCGGUCAUCAUGACCGCCUUUGGAGGUGCCAUUGCCACCAGUAACCCAACGAAUGUCGGUUUGACCGUGGCCUUGGGCACAAUCAGCGGGUUCGGUGUCGGGGGAAUACUAGUUCCCGCUGCAACGCUGGCAAUGAUUGUCGUUCCUGACAAUCUGCUCGCCACAACGGCAGCGCUCUCGCUCUCUAUUCGAACGGUGGGUGGCUCUAUCGGCUAUACCAUCUAUUACAAUAUCUUCAUCAACAAGCUUGUUCCUGCGCUGCCCAAAUUCAUCAUCGAAUACCUUAUUGACGCUGGGCUCAGCGCAUCGGAUGCCAGUGAUUUUGCGGAAGUCUUCAUGACGGACCCGGCCGCUGUCACGCACCUGGCAAGCUACUCGUCCCAGAUCGAGACUGCAGCAGUGCUAGGGGAGCAGUGGGCUUAUGCUUAUGCGUUAAAAUAUGUGUGGUAUACGAGUAUUCCCUUCGGAUGUCUGGCAGUUUUGUCGGCACUGUUCUUACCGAAUAUCCGGAAGUAUCAAACAGACCGAGUGGCAGUUUCACUUUAG